AUGGCUGGAAGAGGGUAUAAGGGAAGGAUUGCGUUUGAUUUCGAUUUCCUCUUUUCACAAAUGAUGAAUGAGUAUCAUUCUGAUUUUGAUCAAGAUUAA